AUGUCAGUCGAUUGUAAGUCUGGGCUAGGAGAGCCCAUACCGGCGGCCUCAAAUCCGAUCGAUCCGCCCGGGCACUUCACAUCAAUAGUAGAACCCAAGGAUGCUACACAUAGCCUUUACCGCUUCACGUCGCAUCCAGCCAGGUCGAUGCUAUGGUCUGGGAACUACAUGAGCUUGGUUGCCUCUGCACUACUGGUAGCUAUGGUGUUCGCGAUGUACGCCUGCAAGCUCAAGAACGCAAAUAAAUACAAAUCACGGAUUACAAGCCGUCUAUUAUCGGCUUCUCGCCCACCAGAUGAGCAGGACAAGUCAAGACAACCUUCAGUGACGCCUUUAUGUGAAGGAUUUGAGACAUUAACUAGUUCAUGGACGAUAGCUAGGCCACCAGGAGAUGAUCGAGGUCAGAUUGAACGGGGCGAGAAACGUGCGUAUGAGGAAGCAACGGAAAUACAAACAAUAUCACCCGGAGCAGCAGAAGGCGUGUUCACAAAUAUUUUUGGAGUGGGAGAAGGACAGCAGCAUCUUGCUAAAAGAGCUAGAAUCAGCGAGUGGACAGCGGAUCCACUUGCAAAUUUGGAAACCUUGCUGCAUUAUGCACCAAACACUGCGCCUUCGGAAAGCCCCUUGGACGUAGCGCAAUAUCCCCCUGAAAGUAGAGGUUCUGCGUCGUCGCUGCCUUUACCAAGACAGACUCCGACACCUAGAUUCUCAGUCGGUGAAACUCCGCGCACUCAUGAAGUUUUACCAUGGUCUCUUGAGGCACGACCAGGAACCAGCCAUUCACACAAUCUUGACGAGGAUAAAUUUGUAGAUUCUGUCAUUGAAGAGCUUUUGACCUCCGCAGGGCCACGCGCUGAGUUUGAUCCGCUAGGUGCCCUCAAUGAGAACGUGCUCGACACUUUUCUUAGCUCUACUUCAGCAGCUGGUGCUGGGCAGGGACGUCCUACAGCUGCCGAAUCACCCAGUGAAAGCUUGGCCCAUCAAGACGACGAAUAUGUCGACACUUCCUCCGACAAUGAAUCUGAGACAUAUACAGAUGAUGACCUGACAACUCAAUAUUUGGAUGACGAAUUUCUCGCUAGCCAUGCUUUCUACAAAAUACCAGUUCUGAAAGAAGGAGUGAAACCAAAACCUUUUGAUUGGGAAUUUGCGAUUAAGCUUCGAGGUUGUCGCCGAGGGCUUCCUGGAAAGCUUGCAAUAAUUCGAGGGAUCUUCCAGAGGAAAACGUUGUCUUCAGACGAUGUGAGGCUUCUGAUGGAAAUGAGUUCCGACCUCCUGAGCCUUGCUACUACGACAAUGCUAGAUCCAAUAGCCAAAAGCCGAUGUUCUGAGGCGGUGGGACCUUUGUCACGUCGGCUUCUCGUGGCAGAUGCCCUGUGGUGUGCUUGUGAGAUACUCGGGCCUGCAAUGCAGAAAGAAAAGUGGUGGCCCAUGAUAAUGGAAAGGAUGGCAGCAGCACCGCUCUAUGACGACUACGCUUCUAUGAUGCCAUUUGAAGCAUGGAUGGAUUUCACAACCAAGGCUCUUUGCGCGUUAUCAAUUUACAAGACUGGUGAACGGCCGACUGCACGAGCAGUGGUAGAGCUCAAAACAAAAAUAUUCCAAAUGCCUUGUGUACACUCCAAUUUCAAACGCCCAGUAUGGGAUGAUUGGAGAAAGGACAUUGAAACUGAGCAAAUACGAUGGUACAACAGCAAGUCCACUUGA